AUGACAUCCCACGGACCGGAUACCUGCUGCUACAGGGGAUUCAAGCACGAAGGCGAAGCGACAGGUCAAAUUGAACAAUGGAACGACUUCGAGGUCUAUGUCAAAUACCCUGAAGAUCGGUCUACGGAGAAAGCGAUUCUUUUCUUGACUGAUGUCGUUGGUCAUCGAUCCAUCAACUCUCAACUGAUGGCGGACCAAUUCGCCGCCAACGGGUACUUCGUUGUGAUGCCCGACCUCUUCUAUGGAGAUGCAAUCGACCUCAACACAGUCGGCGAGCUCGAUAUUCCCAAGUGGUUCGGAGGCGGAUACAACGCCAAAGGAAUCGGGCACGACCCGUCCACCGUUGACCCAAUUGUCGAGACAUGCUUGUUUAAGAUGCGAACCAAAUACCAUUGCAAAAAAAUCGGUGCUGUGGGAUACUGUUUCGGAGCGAAAUACGUCGUCCGCCAUUUACGCCCAGAUCAAGCAAAAAUCGACGCGGGAUACGGCGCACAUCCAAGCCAGGUCGAAAAGGACGAGCUUCAAGGUAUCAAGGGACCGCUCGCCAUCGCCGCGGCGGAGAACGACCACAUUUUCCCGCCCGAGAAGCGGCACGAGAGUGAGGAGAUCCUAAAAUCCUUGGGUCUCCCUUACCAGAUAAAUCUGUACGGGGGCGUUGCGCACGGCUUCGCCGUGCGUGGAGACAUGAAGGAUCGGACACAGUUGUACGCCAAAGAGGCAUCUUUCUCACAAGCUUUGCAGUGGUUUGCAGAGUAUCUGUAG